CACCCAUCACAUGGCUUUGCCUCUAUGGAAGGCGACUGUUCACGGAUUUGUUAACAUAUAAUAGCCGCUUCCUUUGCCUUCUAUCCAUCACAAAACAAGCAUUCAGCAUUCAGCUUUCUUCCCCUACUUGACUCCUCUUAAGUUUUUGUGCUUAACAAACAAAAUGAUCAGUGCAAAGAAGCUCGUUAAACUGGCAAAGAAAUGGCAGAAGCUGGCUGCUCUGAGGCGUAAGAGAAUCACAUUGCCACAAAUGGAGACAAGCAGUUGUAGCGCAUCAGAAAUGGCUGAUAAGGGACAUUUUGUUGUGUACUCGGCUGAUCAUACACGCUUUUUGCUUCCUCUGAGUUAUCUUAAUAAUGAGAUUGUCAGAGAGCUGCUCAAACUGGCAGAAGAGUUUGGACUGCCUAGCGAUGGGCCUCUCACGUUGCCCUGCGAUGCAGAGCUUAUAGAAUAUGCAGUUGCUUUAAUCAAACAGAGAGUCACAAGAGAUGUAGAGAAGGCAUUGUUGGUGUCCAUAGCCAGCAGUCGCUGCUCAUUGUCUUCUGAUGUCCAUCAUCAAGUAACAGACCAUCAAUUACCAAUCUGCAGCUUCUGACGAGCAGAGCUAGAUUUGUAAAGAACGCAAACAACUAGAUAAAUUUUGUAGAAUAUUUUCAUUAUCAAUGAUACAAAUUUAGUGAAUUCACCAGAAAUGCUGGUUUAAUGAUAUAAAUAGUAUUGCGAUUUUGCAUUAUAAA